CAAAGAACCACGAAACUGAACAUGACGUGUCAAACGAGGGAGAACAACCUGGAGUUAUAUUCAGACAUUAUAAACAGAUUAACAGGAGAUAAAUAAACACUAUAUUGCUAGCAAGUGUGGUUUAGCAGCGCUAGCUCGCUUUAGCUACAGCUGACAGAUGAGUUAGCGUUAGCUGGCUAAAUAUUACCUCACUGCUCUCCAGUGUCUCAGUUAUGAGUUCCCCAGUCUACUGCGGUUAAUAUGAUAAAGAUAGUUAAUAAAUAAUUACGUGAUUCACUUGCUGUGGACAGCGUGGGUGUCGUGAGUGUGGACGUGGAGAAGACUCAGGACGUAGAUUAAAAUUAAGUUUGUUUUUUAUCAUUGUAUGACAGUGUAGGACAUUCGUAUUUGUGUGGAGUACUGCAAAACUACACACACGACAUUUGUUAUUUGUUCUCAGGAGUAUCAUGGCUAAACAAAGUGAUGACAGCCACACCUUCACUGUAAAUACUUGUCUUCAAUUUUCUGAAGGGGAACGUGACAGGAUCUACAUGGACUACAACGCUACUACUCCACUGGAACCUGAAGUGAUCCAGGCCAUUACUGAAGCCCUGCAUGAAGCCUGGGGAAACCCCAGCAGCAGCUAUAUUGCAGGUGCCAAGGCAAAAGCAAUCAUUAAUCAGUCCAGAGAAAAUGUGGCAAGAAUGGUCGGUGGAAAAGCAGAGGACAUCAUUUUUACUUCAGGUGGAACGGAGGCCAAUAAUCUGGUGCUCCACACUGCUGUAGAGCACUUCAAGAGAAACCGUGAGGCUGCAGAGGAACGUGAAGGGCGGCACAAUGGGUGCUCUGGUCUUCCUCACAUUAUCGCCUCCAACGUUGAACACGACUCCAUCAAACUAGUAGCAGAGCAUCUGCAGAGAGAGGGCAAGGCAGAUGUCACAUUUGUCCCUGUGUCUAAGACGACAGCUCGUGUGGAGGUGGAGGACGUGGUUGCCGCCGUGCGUCCCAACACGUGUCUCAUCUCCAUCAUGCUGGCCAACAAUGAGACCGGGGUCGUCAUGCCAGUCCAGGACAUCUGCCAGAGAAUAAAAUCUCUGAACAAGCAUCCUGAGCGGCUGAGGAUCCUGCUCCACACUGAUGCUGCACAGGCUUUAGGGAAAAUCCAUGUUGAUGCCUGUGAACUGGGCGUGGAUUACCUCACCAUAGUGGGACACAAGUUCUACGCCCCUCGGAUCGGUGCUUUGUACGUCAGCGGCCCUGGAACGAGAACGCCGCUGUAUCCUAUGCUGUUUGGAGGAGGACAGGAGAGAAACUUCAGACCAGGCACUGAAAACACGCCGAUGAUUGCUGGUCUGGGAAAGGCUGCAGAAAUGGUGACCUCUAAUCUGGCAGAUUAUGAGCGGCACAUGCGAAGCACCAAGCUUUACUUGGAAGAACGACUGCGGACUGUUUUUAAAGACAGGAUCCAUUUCAACAGCCAUUACCCCGGUUCUGAAAUCCUCCCCAACACAUGUAACGUGUCCAUCCAGGGCCCGACAUUACAAGGCUGGAGGGUAUUGUCCAGCUGUAGGAGGCUGCUCGCCAGUGUUGGCGCUGCCUGCCACUCAGACAGUGGAAACAGGCCCUCCCACAUCCUCCUGAGCUGUGGCGUCCCAUCAGAAGUUGCAGCUAAUGCUUUGAGGCUGAGUGUGGGCAGAGGCACGACCAAGGAAGACGUGGACGCUGUCGUGGAGGAUCUGAGGGAAACCGUGCGGCUGCUGGAGGAAAUAAACUAAAAGUCUUCAUGUCAACAAGGUUUUCCUACUUGUUGGGUCAAAUAAGGAUCAAAAUGCACUAUGAGGUUUUAUUGUUACAUGUAAAAUAAAUCAAAUUUUUAAUAUAAAUAAUAAAAGAGAACUUGAAUUGACCUGAUGGGGUGAUGUGAUGGAGAGAUGUCAUA